AUGGCAGAAGCUAUAUCGGAAAUGCAAAAACUUGUAAAGGAAGCUUCAGAUAUAAAAUAUAUACCUGGAGCCUCACUAAAAACUUAUUUCCGUUCGGCAAAUGCUUUGUUAAGACAGUUACCCAAUCACCCGGAAUAUAAAAAAUCAGAACAUAAGGCUGGAAAAGUAGAACUUUCCAAAAAUUCAAUGAUUGUUCUAGGAGAAAUUGAAAAGCUCAAACCUAUCCUUCAAGAACACUUUCAACACUCCGCAGAAAAAGAGUUAAUAAUAAAAGAUGUGUCUUUGAGUUCGAUCGAGAGUCAGAAAGAUCAAACUCAAGAAUAUAAUAAUACGGACUAUCAUAACGAUGAAAGUUAUCAGAACAGAGAAUACGAUGAUCAAAAUGAUUAUCAAAACAAAAGUUAUCAAAGUCAAGGACUUCAAAAUCAAAUUCCGGAAUCGUCUCUGGAUCUGGUAGAACAGCUUAAAAACAUCAAUUUGCAUUCGACAUCUUCUGAAAUAACAUAUCAUUAUUCUGCACAUACACCGCGUGUAGUAUCAUCACAAGCAUUAUCAUUUUAUGAUGCGCCAUCAUCGGGUUUUCCACCUUCUGUAGAAUCAUUACAAGCAUUAUCACCUCAAGUAAUACCAUCACCAGUAUUAUCGCGUCAAAUACCACCUUCAAUAGUGCCAUCACCAGUAUUAUCUCGACAUAUAACACCCCCUGCAUUACCUCCCAAAGUGAGAAACGAGGCACCUCAGUUACCGCCAAAGCCGAACGGAUAUAGUAUUGAAGAAUUUGCUUCCAACAAACAUGUUCAUUACGAUCAUUUUAAGGCCAUUAAAGAUUAUGGUUUGCAGCCAGUUACUAAUGAAGAAGACCUUAUCGAAUAUGAAGAAAAAGGAUUGAUGAUACUUGUGCUUGAAUGUACCUUAAGAGGUUUUCAUCCCCAUGAGUGUGACGAACCUAUUGACAAGGAAAUCACCGAGAAUGGCCAUAUCAUAAUGAAAAGGAUGGCACUUGAUGUUAUUGAUUUACGUUGA